UAACUGCUUAAGAGUACGCUGGCCACGAGCGAUGACAUAUUGUCGGACCUACACACAAAUUUCAUGAGGAAAGUUAACGUGCACGUUAUAAUCAGCACAGAAGUUUCGUCUGAAUUGAACAUGUUUCUACUUUCACAUGCAAAUGACUUGUUGCAUUUAUGAAUAUGAUAACAUACCGGCAUCGAUUCUAGUAGGUUAAAACGUAAUUCUGAAACGGGCUGUUUUGCCCUGACAUUAGGUGAAGCUUUGUGUGAACAAGCCACUGCUGCAGAGUGUGAGCAGCUCUCUCAAAACUGUCAAAGUGUGACUCCCACAGUUCAGAGCACUUCACUGCUUUUCUGCUGCACAUUUCUCUGUUUGACAAUAAUGGGCAACUAUGACAUGUCUGAUCAUAUUUAUGACAACACCAACUGGAUGAAAAAGGAUUCAUUUGGAAUUAGGAAAUCUGCCAAAAAGAAGCAAUGUAGACCUAUCUGUGCCAAGGUUCUUGCUGUUCUCCUCAUCCUGUCUCUGCUGGUUAAUGGAGUGCUGGCAUACUUGUAUGUCAAUAAAUAUAAAAAUGUGCUGUUGCAGUGCGAGCCAGGAACAAACUGCUCAAAUUCAGACCAUCAUCAAGGAACUCCGGGCUGCACAUAUGAUGAGGACUGGAGGUCAAUAACCUACUGCCCAGAUUUGCCAGAGCAGUGGUAUAAGGGCAACGGCAGAUUUUACAUUUUCUCCAGUCACAACAAGACCUGGAACUCCAGCAGAGAGUAUUGUCAGGAUCUGGGUGGAGAUCUGGUCAUUAUCGACAACACAGUGGAGAAGGAAUUUCUUGCUCAGAGACUAUGUGUUGCUGGUGAAUCUGAUCUCUACUGGGCUGGGAACAAGGAUGGGAACUGGUCAGAUCUGAAUCCCAAAUACAACUGUGCUGUUCUUAAAGGAAAUACACAAGAAAACAUUUAUUGCUUAAGAGAAGAGAAGAGCAUUUGUGAGAUCCCAUGCCUUCAAUAAACCUACAAUAAAUGACUUAUUUUUUUACA